AAUAAAAACACUUUGUUGUGUUUGCUUGAAUUUUUCAGUGCAACAGAAUUAUUAAUUGAAAUGAAGUAGAAUAUCCGCUGUUAUUCAAAAUUUCCGGGUUUAUUGGCAUUUAAGUGUUGUAUAUGUGUAAAAAAGCCUACAUAAAUUUUUGAUUAAAAAAAUUUAUAAAAUUCACAAAAUAUUAAAAAUUAAUAUAAAAAGGCGUAAGCGCCUCACAUAUUAUCUUGUUAUAAAAACAAAAACAUUAACAAUAACAAUAUUUUGAGCUCAACACUGAGGAAACAAUUCUCAGAAAAAAAUAAAAUUCCAAAUAAAUUAAACAACAAAAGCAGCAAAAUGUUACCACAACAAUAUUGUCUUCGUUGGAGAUAUCAUCACAGUAAUCUACAAACAAUGUUUUCACAAUUACUGGAUCGAGGCUGUUUUUGCGAUGUAACACUGGCUUGUGAAGGACAGCUGAUAAGAGCACAUCGUGUUGUACUCUGCGCUUGCAGUACCUUUUUUGACACCGUGCUCAGUAACUACGCCAGCGAACGAGAUCCCAUAAUCAUAAUGAAGGAUGUUACAUUUGCAGAAGUAAAAUGUCUAAUAGAAUUUAUGUAUAAAGGAGAAAUAAAUGUAGAACAUGCACAAUUAGCUUCACUUUUGAAAACUGCUGAUGAUCUCAAAAUAAAAGGUUUAGCUGAGGUCUCUUGGCGAGAUGAAGAAGAUAUGCCACCGCCACCCACACCUGCAGCUGAAUUUCAUUCACCUACACGACCACUGGAGUUGUGUAGCCAAGAUGUGGAGCGUGACGUAUCGCCCAUUAGAGAAAAUGUACGUGAACAUAGAUCAGAAUCUCCUAUUAAUUGUAAAAUACGCCCACAAAUACAUAACGCGACACCUGUGACCACAUCAGCACAAAGCGUAUCAAUUACAGCCUCACCAGAACAUUUGGGACCGAAACGAAAACGUGGACGUCCGCCAUUAGAUGACGCCUAUGAUGUUUUUAAUAUACGAAAAAUUGCACAAUACAUGGAUCAUCAAGCUUAUCUAGAAUCGCGUCAGUAUGCAGAUGAACAGCAACAAAGUAAGCAUCCAAUAGCUGCAAGUAAUGCAAUUACAACAUCUGCUAAUGCUUAUCAACAACAUAUACAACAACAACACAACCAUCAUAACCAACGACAACAACGUCUACAUAGUGCAGAGUUGGAGAAUGAUAAUGAGCAAACUGAUCCCGAAUGGAUAACGAGUAAUCUUGAAGUGAAUGUUGCGGAAUGUGAACAGCCAAUCAAUGGUAAUAAAACUGAAAUGUCGGAUAUAAAAGAUCUAAAAGAACAUGUUGAAGAUGUACGUAAAAAGGAGGUAAUUACAGAAAAGCAUGAAAAAAAACAUAGAUCAAAAUCUCCAGAACAAAAAGAAAGAACAACUAAAGAACGAAAGUUACGAAAAAUAUCUAAAGAAGAGCGUGAACGUCGCAUAAGUGAUGAUAGUAUGCCAAAGCGUUUGGUUGUUGAAAAAGAAUUACCAUUAAGAGAUAAUGAAGAGGCGUCGACAGUGCCACAGCCAGUUGAAGAAAUUGAAAAUGUACAACACGUUUUGGAACAUCAAUCACCAGCUAGUACAGCAGCAAGCACAAAUUCCUCAACUUCUAAUACUACUCAUAUAACACAUAAGCAUGGACAUACAACAGUUGCAGGUGCUCCUCCUCCACCACCACCACCACCUCUGCAUCAUUUUGGCAAAUAUGCCCCAGAAGGUUACUUUCUAAAUGAACAUGGCAUAUUAAUGACUCAUGAUUUUGUGCAUGCCACUACUGUAAGCAUACCGACUUCAUCUGCUUCCGGUGCAGGUGGUAGCGGCAGUUCUAGUGUAGCUACGAGCGGUAAUGGUACCAAUGGGAAUGAUGAUUAUAUGGAUAUAAAAAUGGAGGAUUACGAUGCAGCUGAUUUACGUCUUACGAGUGAAGAGAUGUCACAAUGGCAGGAUGUUAUUAAAAUGGAUGAUUAUUUGGCUAAGGGACGAAGACCACAAUUUUGGGAAGAACCUUUUACUCGACGGGUAUUAGAUGCGAUUAAAAAUAAAAGACUUGAAAUGAAAAAAGCUGCACGUAUUUUGGGUGUUUCUUAUGGAACUUUAUAUGGCCGUUACAGAGAAGUCUACGGUUGUCUUAAGCAUCCAUAUAGCAAUUCAACUUUUCGUGCUGCAACAUCCACACCCAUAGGACUACAGCCUCGAUUUGAUGUUACUUGGCCAACUUCAAAGCGUGACUCUGGUGUUUUGCUGCCGGGGCAGUUAGAAAUUGGUAAAAUACGUCCGAAAGAUCUCAGUGAGUUAUGGGCACGCCCGCAAAUCUAAAUCUAGACGAUAUUAUAAAAAGGAGUAUUAUAUAUAGUUCUUUAGUUUACUUUGCUGUAUUAUUAACGCAUGAAUGCAUUCACAUAAACUGAUGGAAAAUUUAAAAGACAUUCUUGUAAAGACAA